CCGGGGGUUCCAUCGAGGUUUCUCAGGGCACAGUAGGAGCGCUGGUCCACCCUGCGCGCUGCGGGCGGCUGACAGCCUGGCAGUCUCCCUCUUCCUCCCUCAGCUGGCCGGGACGGAGGCUUAGAGAAAAAAAAAAUAAAUAAAAGCCGAAAAAAACCUUCUGGGGUCACUGGGCGGAGAAAAAAAAUCCUCGUCCUGUCUGCGGAGUCUGCGAAAAGGGCCCGAGAAGGAAGAGGAGGAUCCCGCCCCGCGGGGACCGCAGGGUUCAGCGGAGGGGUUGGGCGCUGGCUGCGGGGCCGGGGCCGGGGCGUCCCCCGCCUUUGGACGGGAGGGGCUCUGCCUUCCUGCGGAGCCGAGAAGAAGGGGCCGAGCCACCCUGCUCCCCGCCCCGGAGGGGGUGAGAGCCGUCCUGCUCGGCGCCGGGGGUUCGGCGGGGCAGGGUGCCCGGGCUGUCCCCUCGCUGCGGCCGCCGUCUAUGAGGCACUAGCGAGCCUCUCUCCAGCGCCGGGAGUCGACACAGCCCGCGGGCAGGGCCAGGCCGGGGUGCCGUGCGGCGGGUGGCACCCCCUCCUUCUCUCUUCCUCCUCCUCUUCCUCCUCCUCCUCCUCUUAACUUAGCCACGGCGGCGCGGGGCGGUGCGCUUCGCCCUGCGCCGGCGGCGGGGGAUGUGCGGGCGGCGGCGGCGGGAUGGCUUCGGCCGUGUUUGAGGGCACCUCGCUGGUGAACAUGUACGUGCGGGGCUGCUGGGUGAACGGCAUCCGGCGGCUCAUCAUCAGCCGGCGGGGCGACGAGGAGGAGUUCUACGAGAUCCGCACCGAGUGGUCGGACCGCAACAUCCUCUACCUGCACCGCAGCUACUCCGACCUCGGCCGCCUCUUCAAGCGGCUCCUCGACUCCUUCCCCGAGGACCGGCCCGAGCUGUCCCGCUCUCCCUUGCUCCAAGGGCUCAUCGCAAUAAAAGAAGCCCAUGAUAUAGAAGCCAGACUUAAUGAAGUGGAAAAGCUUCUGAAGACUAUUAUAAACAUGCCCUGGAAGUAUUCGAGGUCUGAAGUUGUCCUCACAUUCUUUGAGAGAUCUCCUUUGGACCAAGUUCUAAAAAAUGACAAUGUCCAUAAAAUUCAGCCAAGCUUUCAAAGUCCAGUUAAAAUAUCAGAAAUCAUGCGAUCAAAUGGAUUCUGUUUAGCCAACACUGAAACAAUAGUCAUUGACCACAGUAUACCUAAUGGAAAAGAGAAGCACCUGGAUGUAGAUUCAGCAGAACAUUUGUUCGAAAGUGUUAGUGACUUUACCUCAGAGCUGGAAGACAGUGAUGAUCCAACAGCUUAUGUCACCAAUUUGACAUACUACCACCUGGUCCCAUUUGAGACUGACAUUCUGGACUGA